AUGCGCACCAAGGCGCUCGCCCUCUGCCUGCUGGGCCUCCUGGCGCUCUCCUCGGCGUGUUACAUCCAGAACUGCCCCAUCGGGGGCAAGCGCGCCGUGCUGGACGGGGGCGUCAGGAAGUGCCUGCCCUGCGGCCCCAGGAACCAGGGGCGCUGCUUCGGGCCCCGCAUCUGCUGCGGCGAGGAGCUGGGCUGCUACCUGGGCACCCCGGAGACGCUGCGGUGCCAGGAGGAGAACUUCUUGCCCACGCCCUGCGAGUCCGGGAGGAAACCGUGCGGCGGCGACGGGGCGAGCUGCGCCGCCCCCGGCAUCUGCUGCAGCAGCGAGGGCUGCGUGGCCGACCCAGCCUGCGAGCGAGAGGCGCUGCUCGCGUAGAGCGCCGGGGGAAAGCCGCACAGGCCUGGGGGGGCGCAGAGGAGCCCGGCCCCGCGACGUUCUUAAACAGAAAUAAAGCUUCUACGGAGAACGAAAGAGGAACGCGUGCGCGCUUCUCGUGUGCCGCCUGCUUUGGCCGCAGGCUCCUGGCUCAGCAGGGGCAGGCCGGAGGGAAAAAGGGAGGUUUUCGGGGGGUGUGGGUCCAAGCAAGGCCGGAAGGGGGCUUCCUGCAGCGGGGGGGGGGUUUGCCCCCAGGGAGCAGGGUGUGGGAACUGGGGCCGGGCAGCCCCAAGGCAGCAGCCGCGGGGCAAAAGGGAAGGAGACGCCGGGAUGGAGACGCCCUCCGC